AAUUCAUGAUAAAUCAUCAUUCAUUAAAACAUUAUCUUCAUUAAUUAAGCAUGAAAAUCUCAUCAUUUAAGCUACUAAUCAUGCUUAAGUUACUUGUUGUGAGUGUACUUGCUUUCACUAGUAGUGCUCAUGCAAGCAACUUCAAUACAGUGUUUGAAAGGACUUUUGGUGAUCAUAGAGUUCGGACAUUUGGCCAAGGUGAUCAAUCCCUUUCCCUCUCCUUGGAUAAAUAUUCCGGAUCCGGGUUUCGGUCCAAGAAGGAGUAUGUGUUCGGAAGGUUCGACAUGCAAUUGAAACUUGUUCCCGGCGAUUCUGCUGGCACUGUUACUACUCUUUAUUUGUCAUCUGAUCAAACCACGGGUACACACGAUGAAAUCGAUUUCGAGUUCUUGGGGAAUGUAAGCGGACAACCUUACACUCUCCACACCAAUGUGUUUAGCCAAGGGAAAGGAAAUAGGGAGCAGCAAUUCCAUCUUUGGUUUGAUCCCACCAAGAACUUCCACACUUACUCCAUCGUUUGGAACUCAAAACUCAUCAUGUUUUUGGUUGAUGAAACACCAUUAAGAGUAUUCAAAAACCACGAGGAUAUUGGAGUUCCAUUCCCAAAGAACCAACCCAUGAGGAUGUUUUCUAGCCUAUGGAACGCCGAUGAUUGGGCUACCCAAGGUGGUUUGGUUAAGACAGAUUGGUCCAAGGCUCCCUUCACGGCCUACUAUCGCAACUUCAACAUCGACAGUGCUACCCCUAGAGCGGCCGCUACGAUGUCGACUAAUGGGAAAACGACACUUGGUGCAUGGAGAACUCAUGAUCUCAAUGCAUGGGGUAGAAGAAGAUUGAGAUGGGUUCAAAAAUACUUUAUGAUUUAUGAUUAUUGUGCAGAUAUGAAACGUUUCUCUCAAGGUUAUCCUGCUGAAUGCAAGCAUUCACGGAUUUAGAUUAGCAAAGAGCUAAUAUGAGGUUCGUUUUGGUGAUUGGGCAAUGGUAUUACCUUUGUCCGAAAUUAAAAUAUUGCUUUAAUAAUUCAAAUUUAACUAUUAAAGUGACGAUUUAUUUGAAGUAAUAUAGUAUAUAAUGUGUGAUCAAUGUUGCAUUACUUUCUAUUCAUCAAAUGAAAUAAAUUAUAAUUAUUCUUUUAAU